AUGCUUCCUCCAAGCCCCUGGUUCCUCGUGCUGUUUGUCGCUACAGGGAUUCAAGCUGCGCCAUCUGGAUUGAAACCUCCAACACCGCCAAUUGUUUUCCAAGGACAAGAGAUCAAGAACCUGCUUGCAUUUGGGGACUCGUAUACCUAUGUCCAAGGAACACAAGGCCAUUGGAACUACAGCUUCAUUUCUGAUGCGUUCAACUACUCAUUCACUCCCGAGGAGCUGCUCUCGAGCAAAAUUGUGAAGAACACGACGAGUUCCGGAGGGCCCAACUGGGUUGAAUACCUGACGAAGUGUUAUGAAGGCCUUCCUGCGGAUUGCCCCGGAACAAAGCUCUGGGAUUUCGCCUUCGCAGGUGCAGAUAUCAGUGCCGAGUACCUCCCCCUGCAUCACAACUACACGGUGGAUCUCGAUGACCAGGUCAAGCAGUGGGAUUUGUACGCGCGCAAGACUUUGGAUCUAGAACCAGCGGACACACUUGUUGCGUUCUGGAUUGGAAUCAAUGACAUCAACGACAGCGCCAAGUUCACCAACGUGAGCUUUCCGGUGUGGUAUGACACGCUAGUCAGGAAAUGGUUUGAUUCUGUUAUGCUUCCUCCGCCGCUUGACAAGACUGCAUCGAAUCUUGUCAGUGCCAAGCCACUGCCGAAUGCCACCAUGUUGGCCCAAUGGAAUGCGGCUGUCCAAUCGCAAGUGUCGUCUUUUCAGGCCAGACAUAACGACUCAAGGUCCUUCGUGUUCGAUACCAAUUCAUUCUUGAACGGGGUGCUGGCCGAUCCCGCUCAGUACAACAUCCAGAACACCACGAGCUAUUGUAAAUCUUACGCUCAGCCGGACAUUCUCUGGAAUUACGCGGAGUAUGGCUGCCGGCCCAUAUCGGAGUACUUCUGGUUCAGACACAUCACGUUUACCGUGCACGAAAUCAUCGCCAAAGAGCUCCUGAAGCAGCUGGCGUGA